ACGCUAAAGUUGAACCGUAGUCUGUGGUUAAACACCGAACUCCGAAGCGACAUGAACGACUUUGAUCCAAACUCUUAAACGUAUGGCGUUUAGUACGAUGUUUGAUAAAAACAAAGUAUAGACAGGUUCUUUAAAGCUAUAGUGUUGUGCUAAAGUUAAAAUUCAUUAAAAGAAAUGAGUUAAAUCUUCGGGUAUAUUAUUGUAGCAACCCUUAAAUGCAGGAUCCUAGAUACAGAUCCCUGAGACUAAAAAGUUAAUGCUGUAUUGAUUUAGUGUUCAUAUUAUGCACUUCACAAUUUUGGUGCUCCUGUGAAACAUCUUACAUAAUUGACAAUGGGGGGGUGUUGCUGUAGCAAGGAGGUCCAAGAAGAGGCGGCCCAUGUUCCUGAUCUGCAAGAGACGAAUGGCUCCGUUACUGAGACGCAGACUCGGCAAACCAAAUUCGUUGAUCCAAAGGUUGUAGAUCAACUCGUCCUUGAUAUGCUUACAGUGGCAGCUUCGCGAACGGAUACUGACGAGGAGUCGCCAGUGUCGCUCGUUAAGUUGCACGUCAUAGCUGACAAGGAAGAGGGUUGGAUACAGAUGGUCUCCUCCAUGGUGAACGUUAUACCGCUCGAGGAUCCAUUCGGACCCACGGCUAUAUCCAUACUUCUAGAUGACUGCCCGCUUCCAUCCAAGGAAUCCGUCAUCAAGGUGACUCAACUAUUCGAUUUAUCACACGAACGCGCUACCUCCGAGGAUCUAAACAUCCGUACGGAGCGUAAUAUUUGCGUGAUAUUGGGCUGCAUCGCCGAGAAACUGGUUGGCCCCAACAGUGUGGCCAUCCUUACUGAGGACACACUCCAAUAUCUACUGGCUUUCCUGACAAACGAAGAAGAACCGCGCAUUGUUCUUUUCGCUCUGAUAGCGCUCGAGAAAUUUGCUCACACGACAGAAAACAAAUUGAUAAUUAAGAGCCGUCUGGAGAAAAACGAGGAACAUCCUUUACUGAAGCUUGAAAAACACAACCACAGCGACAACUUCGUAUGGAGGCAGGUUGGCUUCUGUGCCAACUGGGCUUUAGAUAACCUUUUUACCAUCGAGGGUCGGACGUUGUCCUACAUGUUGGAGGACAUGUCCCAGAUCAACGCGCUCCUGAACUGUCAUGACGUCAGCGAGUACCUGCAGAUGUCGAGCAACGGCCUUGAGGCGAGGUGCGACUCGUAUUCCUUCGAGAGUGUGAGAUGCACCUUCCAAGUCGACAACGGUUGUUGGUACUACGAGGCGACGAUCAUCACCUCCGGGGUGAUGCAGAUCGGAUGGGCGACCAAGAACAGCCACUACUUAAAUGAUGAGGGCUACGGUAUCGGUGACGAUCUGUACUCGUUGUCCUACGACGGUUGUCGUAGGUUAGUGUGGUACAACGCCAAGCCUGUGCCAAUCUCACAGUUGCCGGCUUGGAAGCCUGGAGACAUACUCGGUUGCUUGAUCGAUCUGAACCGCAAGGAGGUCGUUUUCUCCCUCAACGGCCGAAAACUAUACCCCUGCAAGGAGAUAUUUGAUACAACGCGGUAUGGUUUUUUCGCGGCCGCAAGUUUCAUGGCAUACCAGCAGUGUAUGUUCAAUUUUGGAUUAGAAAAAUUCAAAUAUCCACCAACUGAUAGGAAAUUCUCCGCUUUCAAUGAUCACGCACAUCUUACUGACGACGAAAAGAAGGUGAUACCGAGACGUAUAUACCUCGAACAACUGAGAUGUUCAAGCGUUCGAGAGGAUUCGUGCCAGCUCUGCUUUGACGAGACAGCAUCUUGCGUUUUGGAACCAUGUGGACAUCGCGGCUUCUGCUCCGUGUGUACGUCCCAGCUGAAGGACUGUCCGCUGUGCCGCGCCGACAUCAUCAGUAUCAAGAGGCAAGACACAUGACCGUUGAACCGCCCCUUCAGACUGGGCAAGGCAUCGAGAAAAACCCAUCAGAACAGAGUCGAUCAAUCCCAACGCAAGAACAAAAAAAAGGCUACUAAGAAGAACAGUAAAUCUAAGCACCUAAUGCACUCUAACCCGCGACCGUACAUACCUCCUUUGUCCAUUCCUAUACCAAAUCCCACGACUUAUACUGAAGAAUUGAUGGCCUUUAUUGCCAGCGCUUAUGUAGGCCAGCCAGGUACGUCCAGGGCUCGAUAUUUAUCGAUGCUUUCCAGCUCUUCGGAACCCAGAAGCAGUUCUUCGGAGCAUCGCAGCGUAUUAUCAGACCCUCGAAGCAGUUCAUCCACACGUCCUCAUUCAUCCACAUCUAAAUCGUCCUUAUCCAUGUCCAAAUCGUCUCCAUCUCCUAUAGAUAUCAUCGCUGAGCUUGAUCGUCCCAGCGACUGCACCUUGGUCCUCGGACCAUCUGACAAACGUAAAAAUGAUUCUACUCUUUAUAUGAAUUAAAUGUAUUUUUGUGCAUUCCCUUUUCAAUAUAUAUAUUACACGAUGUUUACAUAAAGUAGAAUUCAAUUCUAUUACAAGACUAUACCUUACAUUAAUAAAAAAAAAUCUCAGUUUUAAUUAUAGGAUUUUAAAGUUGACGUCUUAAAGACUCCUUAAAGUUUCUUGAAUCAGAUGGAAUGUGUCUACAUUUAUUUUUAUUUGAAAUUAAGCUUUAAAUUGCAUUUCGUUUGGAUAAUAUGUAUUGUUUAUCCUUCACAGUACGUAGAUAGUAAGAAUCUUAAUUAUGAUGCGUUCUACAUCUUUGACAGCUAAUUUUAUUUAGAUGAUACAUAUCUAUAUUGGCUUAAACGAGUCACACAUAAAUGGCUUUUUCAACAUAAUGUAUCGUUUGCCAAUGCAACAAAAUAGAUAAUUUUAUUUUAUUAACAACAUAAUAUUAUCGAAGAUCCAUAUAUUUCUUAACGCUUAUUAAUCAAUAACACUUGUAUAUAUUAUUGAAAUACUAGAUCAAACUCUACUAUUCCAUACAGGGUAUUGAAGGAAUUAUGCCCCUCUUUUUAUUAGAAAAUAAAGUUUACAUCAGACAAGAAAAAUAUUUUUAUGUUCAUACAAAAUUAUAUUUCAUAGUUCAAACAAACUCCUAUCUCUUUUAUACUAAGUAUAGUCAGUAUAUAUAUUAAAGGUACGUUUUUUUUUUUUUUUUAUUAUUUUGUGACAUGUUCCAAAAGAUUGGACCGAAACUUUUUCUGAUCUAAUAUUCAUAUAAACCUGAUUUCAUCCAAAACUAUUUUAAGUAUUAAGUUUAUCAGUAUCAGGCAGUAUUAUGUAAAGAAAUCUAUGAAUAUUUAUGUCCUAUUAAACAUAAAAAAAAAUUAAAAAAUAUAUUUUCUGUUCCUAGUAGUUCGACCAGACCUUGUAAUAAACAAUGUAAUUUACAACUAUUUAAAAAUAUAUAUAUAUUUCUUGAGUGUUGCUGAAUAUACGUCUUCAAACUUAUAAUAUUACACCCCGAAUAGAAAGUACAUCCAGUUUCCGAAUUUAUGAUAAAGAAAUCAAACACACUGUUUGAUUUCUUUUAGAUUUUUAUCUCAAGUGUCAGUGAAUGUAUAAUAAAAAAAUACGUAAUCCUAAGCGUUUAAAGAUACAUGAUUUGUUUCCUCUUUAUCAAAGUAGCAUGUGUUUAAACUGUAACCUACAAUUUAAUUAGAUAUUGAGUGCCAAAUACAGAUCGGUCACAAAUUACAAAUACCGGUUUUUAAUGUACAGGGACUUUUAUUUUGAUCUCAUACAUUUUCGAAAUUCGAAUUUUAUUAUUAGUAGUUCAGGCACAGCUCACGUAAUUAUUGGUCAUGAUUUAAGAAUAAUUUGAAAACACUAUUAUUUUUUUAUCAAUUCUAUCACAACUGAUCUCCUUUCAUCAAUUAAUAAUAUAAAUAAAUGUUUCUCGUAAGAUUUAGUAAAUUAUAUUGACUAUUAUUUAAAUGUUCUAAAUUACAUGUUAAAAGUUAAGCAAGUCUUCUUCCCUCCCUCAAUUUCCGCGUCCGUUCGAUGAAUGUAUACAACAUUGAUGUAAUGAAAGAUGAUUUUAAAUUCUUGUUCUAAUAAUAUAAAAGUAUAAGUUAUAUGAUGUUUAACGAGCUGUAUGGCUUCGUCGUAUGUUACGAGUGACUGUGAUUGUAAUUAAGUCUUAAAUACUCUAAUUUGGGAAUUAUAUAUUGUAUUUCGGUAUUUUUUUUUCUAGUCACAACUUGAUUGUAACUAGGUUAGACUGGAUAUUUGAUAGGUUAUUCAUGUAAUUGUUUCAAUUGAUGAACCGUCAUUUUCUUUUACUUUAAUUCGUUUCACAAAGUCUAAAUAUAUGAAAAGCUUAUUAGAUUUUCUUUUAAACAUAUCCGGAGCGUACUUUGCGUUAAUUUUUUUUUCUAGACGCGCUGUCCUUUUGAAGCUGAAGCUCUAAUUUGAUGGUGAUUCAGGUUGUGCUUAACAUAAGUUCGGUUUUUUUCUGAAUACUGGAUAUAUGAUGAACUCUUUUUGAUGUUAUAAAUGUUUGUAAUAAAAAAAAAAUACGUUAGUUAUCGAUUCCAUGAUAUAUAAACACACCAUAUCAAUGUUUUCCUGCAUUUACUUCUCGUUGUUUCCAUGUGUAUGAUUAAAUAAUAUACCUACAUAUGUAGUAGAUUUAAUAGUAAUGUAAGGACUUCCUUGAAAUUUGAAUCAGUGUCAUUUAUUGGUGUAUAUGUUAAAAUUAAUUCUUAAUUAUACAUUUUCGGUAGUUAUUGUUUAGCUUGUUUAUCAUAUAUCAAUGUGGCAUAUUAUGUUAAAAAAAAAUUAAACUAUCGUGUAUUCUUUUAAGGUUCGAUAUUAGUAUCUUUAAGUUUUCUCUCUUUGAGUUAAAAACUAUCUCUACCGACCGACAAUGAAUAUCUAUUUAAGAAUGAUUUGCAUAAUGCUCAAAUGUUUACUGCAAUUUAUUUUAUUAACAAUGUUUUGCCUAAUAAAUGUUAUAUUUUUGAAUAAAGUAUUCUAAAACUCUUCUGCAAUAA